ACACGGGCUGGAGGUUGAAUUAGAGUUCAGGGCAAACACCUCGGGUCUGCAUGCGGUGGCUUCUAAGAACAAUGUACCACCGACCGUGCGAGUGGAGAAAUCAGAGCUAUUCGACAUCACCAUCCGAGUCACCAAUAUCACAGAAGACGACCUCAGUAAUGUGCGGGUGCGCUUUGUCCCGUAUCAG